CUUCAUGCAUGGUUAGGCACGAUGGUUGGUGACGUUUCUCAUUAAUUCUGAAAAUGUUAUAAAAUUAAGCACUAUGUCCAGCUGAGAAAAGAACAGAACUUCAGACCCAACAAAAGUCUGUCUUCCAACAAAGAUGGGGAAGAUGUGAGAUCAGAUUUUAAGUUUUCAUUCCAUGACUGAACAUAAAACCCCAGAGGCGAGUGAAGCCUUUAAUGGAUCCCAUAACAGUAUGAAGCUGUUGAGAGAGGUGCUUGGACUUGUAUAACAUGAGUGGGGAAAAGAACAUAGGAGGCCCUUGCUACAGUAUGCACAAGGAAAUAAAGAACAACAACAAGCAGCCUUUCCUCUAUCCUGAUGGAGAUGCCAAUGCUAACCAAAUCCCCAUGGAGGAAAGCCACACUGAGAGAGGCAGUUUAAUACCUCCCCUGUUGUCACACAGCAGCACUCAGGAAAGGAUUAUUAUUUGGGGCACACAUGCCCACAGUGAGGACCCAGAGCUGGAAGAGUUUGAAUUAUUAGAGUGUCAGGAGAUGGAAGCUUUUCUAACAGAUCGAGAAGGGAGAGAUCAUGAUACAAUCAAAGAGGGUGCAAAGAAAGACUUUUGUCAGAGACCGUCUGUUCUCACAUGUUUGGAUCCUGCAGGUGACUUAGGCAAGCCAGAUCAGAAUGCCAACCACAGUGAGCAUAUAGAUACAGAUCAAAGCACUCAGCCUCUGGACCUCAGAACAUCUGCCUCUCGGUCUGGAGGAAGGAGGAGUCUGAGAGAGACACGUAGUAACUCAGAGAACAAUGUCUUUGUCCCUACCUUCUCAACUGUGAGCAACCUCAGUGGAAGCUUGGCCAGUGCUCUUGACAGUGCAGGACAUACACAGUAUCCUUCUUCCCUACCCAGCAAGCCUACCUCAGAGAAGUGCCGGUUCCAGCAGCCAGCCACAAAUAAAUCCCUUAUACUUUCCACACAAAGCAAAGAGCAACCAAGAAAGAGGGAUCAGAAUCAUAGUUCUACAUUACUGCCUCAGGAUACAACACAUGAGCGUAGAUCAAGCACGGAACAUGGUGACUGUCUGACAGACAGGCAAUGCUGGAGUACAGGCAAAGCCUACAACAGACAGGAGAAUGUCCUGUCUUCCAAAUUCCAGAGAAACAUUGAAAGAGUGCCACCUUCUUGCAGGCAGCUUGUACAUCCACUCUCUCCAGGAAUGGAACCAAAGCUAACCUCAGGACAUCCUGCAUAUAAAGACACCAAUCAAGGAGAGCGGCCUUCCCCCUCCUCAGACAGAGGUCCUAAAAACAGCAUCCAUCAGCCAGACCUAAAGGAUCCAGUGCAGAUUAAUAGUAGUGCCCAGUCUCUUAGCUCAGGCUCAGGGAUCCAACCCAGCCAGACUUCUACUAAGGUGGGCUCCAUCCUCAGAAGACAGGGUUCAGCUGAGAAUGCUGCCAGUUCCCUGGACAGGAAGAGUCAUUUGAGCCGCAGAGCCUACAGCAGCCCUACCAGGCCUUCAAUGCCCCCAUCUCCUAAGAGUACGGGGUCUCCUCAGAGACAUCCUCCAAUGUCUCCUGGGAGAAGCCGAGUGCCUACUCGCGGCCCACAGCUGGGUUAUGGUGCUUCUCAAGGGUAUGGCUUUGGCCUGAGACCUCCAGUCAAAACUACCAUCAACAUGAAUGUCCAAAACCCUGUACCCCAACAAAACUCUACUGUAACAUCUUCUCCACCCAAGUGCCCCCCAAAGCCCAAAAGUGUUCGCCCUAAAAUCAUCACCUAUAUACGCAAGAGCCCCCAAAUUCAGCCCCAGGCCACUGAUAGCCCAUGUGAAGUCUCCCCACUACCCACCAAACCCUCAACCCCAACCAGUUCGCCCAACCCCAAAACAGCAGCAGAGGAGACUCCUGGAGCUCCAGUGCUGAGUGCCUCUAACCUGCUAUUUGACAAGUAUAGACAGGAGCUACAGAAGGCUCGAUAUAUAUCCCCUGAGACAGUGGUGUCCGGGACAAAGCCUUCCAGCCACACCAUGUCUCACAAAGCCCUAGGGAGGACAAACAACUUCUAUGGCUCUCUAGGCAACAAAUAUUCACCUGCAGCGGUAAGGAACUUCCACAUCAACUAUUCAGUUCAUUCAUUCGAGGGCAUUGCCUCUGAAGCCAAGGAUCUGCCAGAAUCCCAGACAAUAACUCAAGAAACAGGAGGAUUUUUACAGGCUCCUCGAACCUUGAGACCCCAGCUUGGUGUGGGUGCUGUCAGCAAGUCUCCAUCCAAUGCAGCUGCUAAGAGCAGGAUCUUCACUGCACAGAAGUCACCUCUAGCUCUCAGUCAACCAGUGCAGGCCGUGACCCCAUCAGUGACUGCACAAGCCACCUCAUUAGUGACCCCAUCCACUCAAAGGCCAUCAGAGGCUUCAGGGAGCCCGAAGACGUUGUUUAACCCUGAGCAGGGCGUCAACAACUCCGAGGAUCGUCUCUUAAGUCCGUAUACGUCAUAUACGUUGACAUGGGAGAAGAUGUGCAAUGGGCAGUGCUGGUGUGAAGAUCAGUGGAAGGCACCAUCAGCAGGACUGGCUGUUAAAUCUCUUUUGCCCAAGCCAGCUCCAUCAGGCCUGCGACCUCCUGGCUACUCCCGACUUCCCGCAGCACGUCUUGCUGCCUUUGGCUUCGUCCGCAGCUCCAGUGUGUCCUCUGUCUCCAGCAACCAUUCUACUGACAGCACACGAAGUGAUCCAUGCAGGCCAACGCAUCGUCCUGGAAGUGUCACCGAUGACCCACCUUUUCACAGGGUGAUUACAGCUUCAUGUGGAGAACGGCAGAGAGUGCCAUGCCGCAGCAGCCCACAGCCCCCCAGCACUCCUGUACCCACCCGCCGCCCACUGCUGCCUCCUCCACCAGGCUCCCCAGUCGGCUCUCGCAAAGACUUUCAGAAGACUUCUGAAGGCUCUCAUUCAGUGCUCUCAUCCCCAAAGCGUCUGGCGGUUGUUUCACCCAAACCUCAAUCACCAGUCCUGCAGAGACAGAGGGCAGUAGCAGCGCGGGUCCCUGGAGUCCCUGGAAGCUCGAGCGUGCCAGUUACAGGACGCAGCGUCUCCCCAGGCUCAGAAAAGAAAAAAGAAGAGGCACAGAGGAAGGAGAAAGAGCGAGAGGAGCAGGAGAAGCAAGAGGAGGAGGUGCUGCAGCUGCAAGCUCAAUGCAAGGAGCAGAAUGGACAACUGCUGGCUCUUCGGGCUGAGCUAAAGAGAACCAUGCUGGGUCUGGAUGUCUUGGCCAUCUGCACCCAGCACUUCUGUCUGAAGAGUGAAAAUAAUGAGCAGAAAAAGAAGGAUUUGUCUCUGGAGCUCAGCCAGAUUCAGGAGGAAGUGGCUUGCACCGCUACACGAUGGAAGCUCCUGCAGCAGGAAAAGUCUGCGCUGGAGCACAGUUUCGAGCUGCAGCUGAAAGAGCUCCAGGAGCAGCAGGAGGCUGAGCUUGCCACUCUGGAGGAAGAGCUCAGAACACGGCACGCCUGUGACACAGACCACCUGAGAGCUGAGCACCAGUCACAUGUGGAGGAACUGCGAACCCAGCAACAGGAGCAGAUUGAAGAGUUAACAGCUCAACAUGAGUCGGCCUUGGAAGACCUAAGAACCAUGCAUAACAUGACCAUGGCAGGUCUGCAGGAGGAGCACGCCAGGACCAUGAGAGACCUGAGGAAAACCCAUGAAAAACAAAAAGCUACUCUAGAGAAUGAUUUUGAAAAUAAUAAACUCUCCCUUCAGGAUCAGGUUGACAUGCUGACGUUUCAGAAUCGAGCCUUACAAGACAAAGCCAAACGCUUUGAAGAGGCACUGAGGAAGAGUGCAGAUGAGCAGAUAUUGGAUGCUCUCGCCCCAUACCAGCACAUUGAGCAAGACCUUAAGAGCCUGAAGGAGGUUCUGGAGAUGAAGAACCAGCAGAUACAUGACCAGGAGAGGAAGAUCUGCCAACUAGAGAAAGUGCAGGCCCAAAAGAACAUAUACCUGGAGGAGAAGGUGCAGGUUCUACAACAGCAGAACGAGGACCUGAAGGCUCGCAUUGACCGCAAUGUUGCCCUGUCCAGGCAGCUUUCUGAGGAGAAUGCUAACCUUCAGGAGAACGUGGAGAGGGAGUCCAAUGAGAAGAAGCGUCUGAGCCGUAACAACGAAGAGCUGCUGUGGCUUCUGCAGACGAGUCCCCAUCUCUCUCCCUCCUCCUCCCCCAGCCACAGGGUCUUCUUCCCAGUGUUUGACAAUCCCCCCUACCCUGGCUCUCCCAGCCCUGGAACUCCUACACACUCAUAUUCCCCUGGACCCUGCACUCCUGCACAUAAAGUGGGUUCUCCCAGCCCAGGUACUCCGACUCACAGAACCUCGCCAGCAGCCAGGAGCUCCCCAGCACGAGUCCCCAAUGCCAACACAUUACCCAGAUAAGCGCUUUGAAAACAAUGAAUAAGUCAGCUCUUAUAUAUACUUCCUGUUUCAUCACUCUUUCCUGUAUUUCAGUCUUUCCAAAGUGCUAUCAUUGUGUGAUGUUUAAGAUUAUUGUUGCCCAUUGAUUUUGGUGAGAGAGAAAAAAACAGAGUAUGUGUCCACAUUUGACCGAAAUAAGUGUCCGGACAGAGAUUCUGCUGUAAGAUUGUGUCCAUACUUCUGAAUGUCAGACUAAAAAUCUUUUUGAUAUGUCAACUACAAUUGUUAAAUCAGUGUAACUGUAUCUCUAUGAGCAGUGAUUGUUCUAUAGUACUCUAUUUGCAUUUAAAUCCUACAGCCUGCUAAUACUAAGGCAGGACACAGAGGGGCCACACACGACAUUAUACUACAGACGAAGCCUUUUGUAUACCACCCAGACUUUCUCAGCCUUCUUAGUGAUCAGCACACCAGCAGGUUAUCACGUACAGAACAAGAGCAUUUUGUACUUUGUCAUCUCACACAAUAUAUAAUAGUAAACUCUACUGUUUACUGCCUCUGGCAGGCCUUAAAGUCUGGAUGCACUGGUGGAAGAAAAGAUGGAGCCACAUGGGUCAAACUCAAGGGCCUGUGCGCUAAAAAUACCUUACUGCCUUAUUUAAUUAGGCCUGUGCGAACUUCCAAAAAAAUAAAUUUGAAUCAGCCCAUAGUAAAUUACUACACAUUUUCACACCAGAUCAGUAUGACCUAGACUUUACACCAAACAUGUUGCAUAAGUGUAUAGCAAUCAUACGUUCAAUCCACACCACACGCUUCUGUUCACACCACUGACAUGACAGCCUGCUUAAUUUUUGCAUAGUAAGCUAGUGUCUAAAUAUCUGUGAAACAUUAGGAAUAGGGACAACCAUUCUUGGGCCAUUUGUAUAAGAUUUACAUAUCUGUGUUUAUUCUGAUUUCCCAUAAGUAUCACUAUUGUACUGUACUUGCUCUGCAACUAAAUGUUUCACAAUCAUGACAUCAUUAAACAGUAUAAUUUUAA